GUCGAAAUCGAAGCGAUUCCACAAGGGUGGUCGGUCCUCCGUCGUCUAUUUCAUUCCGGAACCGCAACGAAAAAUUCAUCGACACGUCCACGGAGAAACGUAAUAUCAUCAUUAUACAUAUAUAUCUCGAUCGCACAGAUGCGUCGCCGCGGGGUUAUGAAGGUACCGUUUUUAUAUUGCGGUUAACGCGGCCAUUGUGCCCGGUAUUCACAAGAGAUGGCUCCAUGGACCCCUGCGGAGGAGAGGUUCCGCGGGGUUGGAUCACUCGUUUGCUUCCCCUGUCGACAGCUACCGUAAUCUGUACACGCUUCCUGGCCAGAUUUCUCACUUGGUCCCCCUCUCUUCCGGGGCCAUUACCUGGAUAGAGAUAUGAAGGAGAUCCGGGACAAAUUGGGCUGCUUCUUUUGGAAUUAGUUUGCUAGGAUGAUUUUGAACGAGGCUGGUUAUUAUUAAUCUGGUGUAGGAAGAUUUGUCAAAUUAAGUUUGGAUGUAUUAUAUGUAUAUGUUACAAGAUUGUUAAAGAUGAUGAUUAUGGGAAUAGUGGUUCUAUAGAAGUUUUUGGAAAUUGAGAUCUUCUGAGGAAGAAAUCUGUUCAUUCGAGAUUUUUAAACAAGGUUGAAUAUAAAAUUUGAAAAAGAAGGAUAAAAGAAGCAAUGUGAAAGAUUAUUAUUUUUUGAUAAAGCAUCCUGCAAUGCUUAUCAAUCAACGAUCGAUUGAGUAAAAAAAUCUGAUUUAAAAAGAGAAAUAUUUAUAAAUCCAUAUUGUUUAUUAUUUAACAUCGGCAAUAUCGAUUUCGAUCCUUUGAAGGUUAAAUUUUCUGACGAAAGAACCGUGGGAAAAAAUUCCUUUUUACAAAUUGUUAAUAACGAAAGAGUAUUUGUUUUGUAAUAUUUUGAACGAUGAAGCCGAAUUAAAGUACUCUCCGCACGAUAAUAUCGAAGUUCACCGUUUGUCACCUAUUUUCAGAGCGAGGUCAGCCACACUGCCAUCGUCUUUCGAUUGACAAGCGUUUCCAAAUUCACGAUUUGUUCUAGCCAUCAUCAUCGCCGUAGAAUUUCGUUUUCCGUUUUCCUUAUCAUGUUGGAACCAUUGAUCGUGCUUACAGUGUUGAACUGUUUCUUCAUGUUCAGCUCAACUGUGACGACUUGCGCGUUGUGGUAAUCGAAGUAUAUAAACAGUAUUCCCAUCUUACUUCUUUUUAAUGUGUUCGCCAGGUGGCAAUAUCGUACUCAUCGUUGCUGUUUCAAGAAAGAUUCCAUGCAACAGAGUAUGAAGUACAAUUUAUCCAAAUCGAGGAAUUCGUCGAAGAAACCCGUCGAAAACCGAAACAAGCAGGAUAAUAACCCUUCGAGUUCUAUCCAUCGAAGCAAAUCGAAUGUGACUAUGAACCGUGACAAAAAUAGGAGAACUUCGAAGAACAAAGCGAGAUUGAGCGCCAAGCUUCAGUCGGACAGCAAGAUACAUAGUGAUGAAAGAUUAUCCAUAGAAACGAUGAGAAAUUGGGAUCUUGAAGAGAAGGCGAAGAUGUCAGAGGCAUCGCAAACAGCAGAAGCGAAAUCGGCGGUGGUGAUGGAAUAUUCAACCGUGCAAAAAAUUGUCCAAAUUUUGGACAACGAGGAAGACAUUUUGGCCACAAAGAUGGCCAUGAAAGAACUCAAUUCUAAACCGAUUAUCGAAGAAAAGAAACCGACAGUAGAGAUAUUAAAUGAACCACAGUUUGAAUUAGUUCAAGCUUUACCCGAGUUCGAGUCAAUGCCUGAAGAACAUACAUAUAUCAAUUAAAUUUUGAGAAAUAAAUUUAAUAUAUUUUU